AAUCUGCGGUUUUUUUUAAAAACAAAAAACCCCGGCCCGUCCUGCUCCGGGGGCUGCCGGCGCUACCUCCCCGCUCCUUCCCCCCGCAGGACCCACCCCCGCCCGCACGAGUACCUGGACGUGUCGGCGCUGCCGCGGAGCUGGGACUGGAGGAACGUGAACGGGGUGAAUUACGCCAGCACCACGCGGAACCAGCACAUCCCCCAGUACUGCGGCUCCUGCUGGGCCCACGGCAGCACCAGCGCCCUGGCAGACCGAAUCAACAUCAAGAGGAAAGGUGCUUGGCCUUCUGCCUACCUGUCUGUGCAGAACGUCAUCGACUGCGCGGACGCGGGGUCCUGCGAGGGCGGGGACCACGCGGGGGUCUGGCGGUACGCGCACGAGCACGGCAUCCCCGACGAGACCUGCAACAACUACCAGGCCAAGGACCAAAAGUGUAAGAAAUUCAACCAGUGUGGAACUUGUGUCACCUUUGGAGAAUGCCACGUGAUCAAGAACUACACUCUCUGGAAAGUUGCUGACUAUGGGUCUGUCAGUGGAAGAGAAAAAAUGAUGGCAGAAAUCUACAAGAAUGGACCAAUUAGCUGUGGCAUAAUGGCUACUGAAAAGCUGGAUGCCUACACAGGGGGACUGUACAAGGAGUACAACCCCUCACCUACAGUGAAUCACAUCGUGUCUGUGGCUGGCUGGGGAGUGGAAAAUGGGACAGAAUAUUGGAUAGUUCGUAACUCCUGGGGUGAGCCCUGGGGUGAAAGAGGAUGGCUGAGGAUUGUGACCAGUGCCUACAAGGGUGGAAGAGGAGGAGACUACAAUCUGGCUAUUGAAGAGGACUGUGCAUAUGGAGAUCCUAUACUGCCUUGAUUCUUCAUGGUACAGCUUUUUGUUUAGGUACUUUGUUUGGAAGCUUCCCAGCACAACCUCCUUUUGUUUAAAGAAUAAUAGCCUGAGACUCUUUCACAGUUCAACACCAUCAGGCAGUUCUGCAAGAUUAGCCCAGGUGCAACACACAAUGCCUUCAAAAAAUACUGAACUGCCCUAAUUUCAUUUACAUCUUGAAGUAAUUCACCCAUGAAGGAGCUGUCUACCUUGAUGCACAGUAUUAAAAUCACACUGACUGAAUCACA